AUUGAAAUUGACCUAAAACUUCUUUUCCAUUCUUUUUUAAGAGUACACCAAAUUAAUACUGACUUUAACAUUAGAGUGUAUACCUCGAGGACUAACCUCGAGGCUUUGUAGCCGAAUUAAGUCUUUUGGAAAACCCCUAGAUGGGUCAGAAAAGAAAAAUGGCGCAGAGGAAAAAGAAUAGCAACAGUGACAGCGAUGAAGAUGAAACCUUUUACUAUCGCUACUCCUCCGUCUCAGCCCCACCGUCUUCGUCGACCGGCGCCAAUAGUGGACCCCAAGGCAACGGCAAAACCAAGGGCUCAGGAGGGCUUGCGCCUUCUAAGUCGACCCUCUACGUUUCCAAUAUCGACUACGCCCUCACUAAUUCCGAUCUCCAUACCCUCUUCUCUACCUUCGGCAAAAUUGCCCGUGUUACCAUUCUCAAGGACCGCUCCACCCGCCAGUCUCGCGGUGUCGCCUUUAUUCAGUUCGUAUCACGUGAGGAUGCGCUAGCAGCAGUGCGUAUGAUGCACGGGAAGGUCCUAAAUGGUCGGACUCUAUCCGCCUCAAUCGCUGUGGACAACGGUCGGGCUCCAGAAUUUAUUCGAAAAAGGGUCUACAGGGACAAGUCGAGGUGUUAUGAGUGCGGGGAUUCUGGACACUUGUCGUAUGAGUGCCCUAAGAACCAGCUGGGGCCGAGGGAGAGGCCGGUACCCAAACGGGAGCGUAGAGGUGGGGCUGGAACUGGAAGGAGGGUGGACAGUGGAGAUUGCGGAGAUGAUGGAUCGGAUGUUGGGGAGGCGUUCGAGGAUGAUAAUUGGGCAUCGGUGGUGGACGGUGGAGCAGAAGAGAGGUUAUUGAAAAGAGGGACGGUGGAGGAGAAUAAGGAGGAUACGAAGAAACGGAAAACUAGUUACUUUAGUGAUGAGAGUGACGAGGAGGACUGAUCUCAGGCGUAGGCAGGGGUUGCUCACUAUGGGGCAGCUUCAAGUGGAGUAAUUUCACUUUGAGCCUUUGAGGAUUUUCAUCAAAAGGGAUCCAUGAAUCAAAUGACUUGCUUGGAGAUUCAAAUGGAUUCAUUGUGUAUACUGAUUCAACGCCGUCUCCACAAACAAGUAGAACAUAUAUGUACGUGUGUGUGUGUAUCCUGUUUGUGUCUCUAUAGCUGCUAGCCUUUUCUUGGCCUUUUUUUAACUCGCUUAUAGGAACUUUUAAGUGUUAAAAAACAACUCUCUGUUUUUUUUCAACGAGUUCCAUAAAAUAUCAACGCAAAG